UGCCCCCUCCCUCUCCCUUUCUCUCUGGCUCUGAUGUUGGCAGAGGGGUUUUCUUAAUCAGACUGUUUUUUCGGUCCGAGGGAAGAGGAGGAAGGAGAUUGUGAUGGAGAGAGGGGGUCUGUAAAACGUCAGGCGCCGCACAAAGGCUUUGCCACGUAAUUACAGGCUCCUAUUAAGUGGAGCUCUGCCCUCCCAGGGGUCUCCAAUUUUCUUGUAUUCCCUACAAAGCCUCCUCUCCAUGCCAGUCUGUGCCUUUUGAAGUGCCAGAGAGCUUCUUGAUCCAACUGAGAAGGGGAAAGAAACUCCGCGCGGAGAGGGAGAGAGAGAGAGAGAGAGAGAGAGAGAGAGAGAGAGAGAGAGAGAGAGAGGAAGAAGGGGACCCGCCACCCCUCUGCCGACUCUUGAGGCUCCGCUUCUUUAUUUCUUAUUUUUUUUUCCCUCCUCACGAAAAGUAAAGUGAGAAUCCUGCUCUCUCCUACAUCUGCAAGACAUCACUCUCCUGAAAUUCUAGUCACUCCCGAGAAUCCACAGGAGCGCGGAGAGGGGAACGCGCUCUCUUGAAGACAUUUGAAAGCUGGAACAAGCCUUCUUCUGUUGGUGCUUGAACUCUUGCCGGGGAAUAACUUUUUUAACCUCUCUCUCUCUCUCUCUCUUUUUAACCUGCUUCGAUUCUUCUCUCCACCCCUUCUUCUCCUGUUUGCCUAACUCCCCCGCCCUGCUGGCCUCCCCUUUCCUCUCUUCCCCCUUAUUAUCAUUAUUUCCAGCGUCUGUGUGUGGACGCUUCUUGAGAGUUGGAAGGGAUUUCUUUCUUUCUUUCUUUCUUUUUUUUCUCAAGGCCUUUUCCCCCCCCUCCCAUAACUUUUUGGUGUGGAUUAUCUCUCUGGACCGCGCCGGCCGGACUUGGCUUCAGCGAAGCAACCGAGGCUGCGGGGGAGAAGUCACUGGUGCCGAAAAGUUGUGCUCUUCAGAAGGGGGUCCCCGCCCUCUCUCUCUCUCUCUCUCUCUCUCUCUCUCUCUCUCUCUCUCUCUCUCUCUCUCUCCCCACUCCCCCCUCUUUCUUCCCCACUCGGCUCCUCUCCCCCCUCACGCCCACAGCGUUUGGUGUUGAUUCGAGCGGGAAGAGGGGGGUGGGUGGGAUCGGAGGGGCAGACCAUGACCUCCAGCUACGGGCACGUUCUGGAGCGGCAACCGGCGCUGGGCGGCCGCUUGGACAGCCCGGGCAACCUCGACACCCUGCAGGCCAAGAAGAACUUCUCCGUCAGUCACCUGCUAGACCUGGAGGAGGCCGGGGACAUGGUGGCGGCGCAGGCGGACGAGAGCGUGGGCGAGGCGGGCCGGAGCCUGCUGGAGUCGCCGGGACUGACCAGCGGCAGCGACACCCCCCAGCAGGACAAUGACCAGUUGAACUCAGAGGAGAAGAAGAAAAGAAAGCAACGGAGAAACAGGACGACCUUCAAUAGCAGCCAGCUGCAGGCCUUGGAGCGUGUCUUUGAGAGGACACACUACCCAGAUGCUUUUGUGAGAGAAGAUCUUGCACGUCGGGUGAACCUCACUGAGGCCAGAGUGCAGGUGUGGUUUCAGAACCGAAGAGCCAAGUUCCGCAGGAAUGAGCGAGCCAUGCUGGCCAAUAAAAAUGCUUCCCUCCUCAAGUCCUACUCAGGAGACGUGACUGCUGUGGAGCAGCCCAUCGUACCUCGCCCUGCUCCCAGACCCACCGACUAUCUCUCCUGGGGGACAGCCUCUCCAUACAGCGCCAUGGCUACUUACUCUGCCACAUGUGCCAACAAUAGCCCUGCACAGGGUAUCAACAUGGCCAACAGCAUUGCCAACCUGAGACUGAAGGCCAAGGAAUAUAGUUUACAGAGGAACCAGGUGCCAACAGUCAACUGAGGAAAAAAAAUAAUUAAACAGGCCUAAGAAGAAAUCAAAAACCAUAAGACACCUAUCCUGUUCUGUCAUUUCUUCAUCCGCUGGAAAAAAAAAUAAUAAAAGCAAAAACAAACAAAGCCAGAACUAAAAUAUUGGGAGCAUGGCGGAGAAAAGCAGGAGAGGAACAAAAUGAAAAUUAGUUAACAAUUGUUCCUUCUUUUUUUUUUCUCGGAUACCAUCACCAUUUGCUUCUGUGUGUAUUUAUCUUAUUUUCCUUCUAUCCAUGCUUUGCUAAUUAUACUCCAGGCUUCUUCAGCUAGGCUCAGCCCACCCAUUCCUAUAAUUGUAUGAGAAUAAAAAAGAAUCUACAGCAGCCAAAGAAACACAUAUACAUAUAUGUUUUUAUAUAUGUAUAUAUGUGAAAGAUUACUUCUCAGUAAACUGUUUGACCUCAGUGCCUUACUCUCUCUCCUUCUAAGUCUUCCUAGGGGAUCUUGAAAAAUCCAAAGUCUUUCUGAAGAAUCUGUAUAAUUGUGUUCAUGUGUGUUGGUCAUGGUAAGGUUUUUCUAUCAGCUACAGGAAAAAAAAAAGCAAUGUCCACAUGUUCUGGUCACUGACCUGUCUGAUCGAUGUGGUUGGCCAUGUGUCUUGAACACUGAGCUCUAAUAUCUAGAUUAUAAUGUCACCAUCAACACCAUCUCUCACCUAAUUCAAACAAUAAACCACUCUAAGUUAAAGAAAUUUGUUGUUUUUAAACAAUUGCUGUCACUCAUUCUUUGGGAGAAGAAAUACUUUUGGCUGUAGAAAGGGAGAGAAUUUUUUUUAGUAGGAAAACAAAUACUGAAUUGUGAAAAACAUAGCCUAUAUCUCUUUAGUGCCUUAAGGGGUGGUCAGAUGCACACUUCAUAUAUAUAUAUAUAUGCUGUAUAUAUUUAUAUAUUAUAUAUAAAAUAUUGAAAGCUUGAGUUUGCGAUCUCUCAAACAUUAUAAAAGCAAACUUUACACGAUCAGCACUGUCCUUACCUACACAAAAUGAUACAUUAAUGGGGCAUCUUGCUGUUUUUCAUGCUCUAUACAAAUUCUUAUUAUGGUCAUAACGCAAUUAGCCAGGGAGCUGUUUGAUAACAGCUUUCAUUUUCACAUUAGGGCUUUAAUAGAAUUAUGAAUUACUUGAUAUUAUAAAAGUGACCUUGAGUUUGGAGCUCAAGUUGAAAGUCUUUAUCAUCUGACCUGUCACAGGAAAUAUAUGCAAAAGGGAGGGGUCGUUAACCAUCACUCUUCCUCCACUCCUCAAGAAUAUGAAAGGCAAGUAACAUGUUUAAGUGAAAUGCUUGAAGCUUUCUACACUUUUCAAAAAAAAUUAAGAACAAUUACACUUUUAUAUUUUAAUGGUUUUGAAAUAUCUAGGGUGGGAGGCAUGGCUAGUAUUUCUUGUUUAUCUUUGUUCCCAGCUAUGCUUUGGCAACUUUCCUGGUGGACUUGACCAAACCAUGUCACUAUGCUGCGUCUAGUUUACCUAUGUGUAAAAUGAGUUUAAUAAUUCUUACCUACCUCACAGGGAUGUUGUGAGGAUAUGCUCAUUUAUUCUUUUGUUCUUCCUUCCUUCCUUCCUUUUUCUUUCUUUCUUUCUUUCUUUCUUUCUUUCUUUCUUUCUUUCUUUCCUUCCUUCCUUCCUUCCUUCCUUCCCUCCCUCCCUCUUUCCUUCCUUCCUUCCUUCCUUCCUUCCUUCCUUCCUUCCUUUCUUCCUUCUUUCCAUCCUUCCUUCCUUGUUCUUUGUCCAGCACUUUGUAGCCAUGAGAGUAAAGGGACUUUAAGAGCAUACAAUGUUCAUGGACUAACAUGGUAUCUGAAUGCUUUGUUUUCUAGCAAGGAAAUGGUAUCUGGCUGUACAUACAUAUAACCUUGUAUUUGGAAAUAAUAAAUAGGUUUAUAUUUUCAGAUAUCUCAACAAUCACAUCAUUUGACCAAAGAAUAAUUUAAGGCACAAAGUAUAGAGAUAUUUUUUAACUUAUAUUCUCAUCAACAGCUUGGUUGUAAUAACCAUAGUUCUCAGUGAAUAGAAGCUUCAGAUUGAUUUUGGCCAAAUAUGUCAACUUUGUAAUAUGAAUGACAGGCAAAGUAUUUGGGGUACAAGAUGCACUUUUAGCACACAUUUGUAUUUCGCUUGGCAUAUCUGGUUGAGUUAAUGGUGGUAUUUUUUUUUCAGUCUAACAGCCACUGAUCUGAAAAUAUAUUUCAAGUGAUUUUUGUACUUUGCUUAAUAAUAAGAAGGAAGGCCAUCUUGUGUUUGAUCUCUUGAAGUGAUUCCUUCUCAGUAACUACUAUUAAACAUUUCUUUCAGAAUAGUCUAUGUGGUCUGGCUUAACACACAUAACUUGAUUUUAAGGCAUUUUCCCACUCAUGUAUUUGUCCCAUUGAUUGCUGUGUAUUAUCAAGUUUCAAAGGAACAGUAUAUCCUUACUGUAAAAACUGUCUUUGAUUUGCAAGUGAGUGCAAGUCCAAGAGAGGAGCAAACUUUGGUAACUUAGAGUUUUCAGAGAAUAGCUAAACAUUUUUGAUUAUAGGCAAGAAACAGAAAUUAUAAAUGAAAAGGUUUUCCUAAGGAGGGUAGAAUCUUGGAAGAGAGUCAUAUAAGAAAGUUGUUUGAAGUCAUUUGAAACCUUCAUCCUGACACCCACUUCCAGUGAUCAUCAAAAAAGCCUGAUCCCAUAAACUCAAAAAAGGAAGUGGAAGGUUUUAUCUGAUUCUCUGUAUAAGCAGUUUCUCAGAAUUUCAUAGUAUAACCCAUGGUAGUUAGUCACAGGAAUGAGUGUUGCUGGUGAACCCACACUAUGGUGUUUUUAUCUGAGCACCUCUCAGGAAAUAUGCCUGAAACACUAGCACUCAGUUUUGUUCAUUUAUGAUCCACUGUUUAAAAGAACAUAUGUUUAACAAGUGUUUGGGAGGUUUAGAUUUGUAUCUUGCAAGUCAAUUGCCAGAGGAGUGUCCCAGUGCCAGACUAAAGGCAGUGUACACCUAUUGCUCUCCAUCAAUAUGCCCAGAUGAAGGCAUUAGAACUACCACUGUCCACGAUCCCUUCCCAAACAAGAGGCCAAUUAGUAGAAUACUUGGCAGGUUAAAUUAAGCCAGAAGAAAUGACCUAAACCCAACAAAAGGAGGCUCACCUAUGGUAAUAAAGAUCUCAUAAGAAGUGUAAUAUGUAAAUUAUAUCUUGCUUUAUGGUGUAAAAUAUACAUUGUUUGUGCUAGAAUAGAAAUGAUUUCUUUUCAAUAAAAUGAAAGACGGAUACUA